AUGGCCACUUGCUUUCGGGCGCUCCUCUGGUGCUUCUUGCUGUGCUUCGUAGUGAUGACCGUCUGGGCCAUGUUAAUCGUGGAAGUGGUCAGUCCAUUCGUGAAGGAGAUGCACGCAGACAUGGACCGCGACUUUUUCAAGGCUUGCCAUCCACAGUGCACAAAGGCAGUCUCUACCGUAAUGGAUGCAAACCUGUUGCUUUUCAAGACAGUUAUCGCGGGCGAUGCUUGGGGUGAGAUUGCUGUUCCCGUCAUUCAGGAGCAUCCAGCAACUUUCAUCAUUUUCAUUGGCUCUUCAUUGACACUGGUCUUUGGAGUUUUGAACCUCAUUGUGGCCGUGGUGGUGGAUACCUUUGCAGAAUCUCGGCAGAGCGAUGUUCAAAGCCUGGCAGAGGAGAUGGAGGAUGAGAUCGAACAUGAUCGAGCAGCCCUGGGGAAGCUUUUUGCCCGAAUGGACCGAGAUAGGAGCGGAAAGCUCACCCUCUCCGAGCUGAUGGAAGGGGCGCAGAACGACUCUGAGUUUCGGGGGCGGCUCAGGGUCAUGGACAUUGACGAGCAAGACUUGGAGUCACUUUUCUACAUGAUCGAUGAGGAUCAGUCUGGAACCAUCGAUGUGGCCGAGUUCAUCGGCCCUCUUAGCCGGUGGGCACAUGAUUCCAAGACCGCCCCCCGGUUUAUCAAGUACAACAUGAUCCAGACGAUGAAUCUCCAAGAGGAGCUCUACGAUCUAUCUGUCGAAUGCUUCCAGCAGCUGGCCGCCAAGAUUGAUGGCGUGGCCCGGUCAGUCGCUGAACUGAGGCCACCGCUUUUCUCCGCUGGUGGCCAGGCUCAGGGGCAGGAAGACCUCCGAGGCGACAGAGAUGCGGCACAUCGGAAGUCAGACUCCAUGGCCUUUGAGAAGUUCACUGGGGAUCUGCAAGAACACCGACGGAACCCGGAUGGACCUGGGAUCGAUAGCCCCCCUGGUCCGGCUCUGCACUUCGAUGCCGAGGCGGAAGUGGUUCAGCCGCCGCCUUCGCCGCAACCCGUGGAGUUUCUUGCGAUUGCGGCGGGCGGGCAGCCGAUGGUGAACGUGGAGGCAGCGUUGGCGAGCGCAAUGUCCCGGCUUGAGGUCAAGUUGGAUCUGAUGCUGGCAGAUGAUUGGGUGAGACCAAAGGUGCCCUCGCAACCCCGUGACCCAGGAGCGGGCGAGGAGGAUCUGGCUUCCUUUGACAAGGAGUUGGAACGCAGGAAAAAUGCCAGGAAGGUGCAUCAUAAUGACGGCUUCCGGAGGAUGUACAUGAUGGAGCCCACACGCACAAAAGACGAGGAUCACCCUCACCGGAGAAGUAGCGCGAGAUCGUCGCACCGGGAGGAAAGAGUCGCAAUGUCGUUGAACAAUCAGGAUAGUCCUGUUUCCAUCGGAGACUCCCACGCCAAGCCAGCCUCACCCAGUUCUCAAAGCGGACUAAACCGAUAG